AUGCCUGCCGAGGAAGCCAUCCGCACGGUGUCGGCCCUGGCCACGCAACUCGGCAACCAGAUCUCGGUGCAUAUGCUCAACUACCUCAGCACCACCCAGGACCUACCCGAUGGCUUUCGUGAGCUGUCGCACACCUUCCUCGAUACCUGCCGUACCUUGUGGGCCAUUGAAGCCGGGGUGACUGAAUUGGCCGCCGCUAACCGCGCCCUACCAGAGGUCAUCAUAGAUGAGGUAGAAAAGAAAUUUGUUGCAGCAUACCGCGACUUUCAACAUCUUGAGAAGGUGAUUCUGAAGCUCGUCCAGUAUGAGCACCGUGGAACGCUGGGAAAGAUCCAGCGAGGAUGGCAUCGCCCCGGUCAUGAACUCAAUCGCAUUCACGAGUCGCUGAAGAAGACCAACGAAACUCUUCAGAUUAGUGGCAUGGCCUUUCACUGGUCCCUUGGAGAAGCGCAUCCGGAGGAGUCGGUGGGCAUUGGAUACGCGAGUUUGGCCGCUGCCCUCGACCGCAUAGCCAAAGGCCGGUCCGUGAUGGCCGUGAACAAAGCCCCGUCUAUCGACCAUGACCGUUCUCCACCAUCAACCCAAAGGCAGUCGCCCAGUUCCAUGCGGCCGACACCUUCCGUGCCCACAAAAGAACCAUCCACCGUCCGUGGCCCAAGAUAUAUGCUGACCGGAGAUCUCAAACAAGACGCUCCUCAACAAGAUUCUGAGAGCAUCGCCGAUGGUAUCACAGACGACAUGUCCUCCAUCCUCUCUUUGAACACUUUCUUUCGCGCUCAGCCCGGACGUGAGGCUGAAAUGCGCCCCUCUUUCGACCAUCGCUCGCUGCCACCUCGGCCGGCCAAGUCAAGUUCAGCAGCUUCUGCUGAAACCAGCAUGCCGCAUGAUAGCGACACGGAUCCCGAUCUAGGGCUACAUGCCAAGCCCACUCUGUCAAAGUCAGACGCAAUUCCCUUCCUGCGCCCCCAACUCAGUCAGACGAUAGCUGGGGUUGGCCCCAAUGCCCGAGAUAGUUUCGUCUCCGCAAUGCGAGGGCGUAACCACAGCUUGAUUGAACAGCUAUUAGCGAGCGGGGUGUCGCCAGACAAGCAUGAGAACUUCCAUCCGCUUAACGAGGCUGUUACCCAACGCGAGAUCGAGAGCAUGCGGCUAUUGCUAACCUUCAAAGCGAACCCCAACAUCCCGGAUUCGCUGGGCAAAACGCCACUUCUGUUGGCUGUGGAGCAGUCCUUCGUAGACGGAGCCAUGAUGCUGCUAAGCCACGGCGCAGAUGUGAACUACCGGGCGAAGCCAGAGUUCGAGUCUCCUCUGAGUUAUUCCAUCGCGAACAACAAGGUUAAUCUGACACAAACACUGCUCACGCAUGGUGGCAACCCAAAUGAAGAGACGCGCAAUGGCUCGACGUUGCUAAUUGAGGCAAUUCGCAAGCGGGCGCCGCAGAACCUCGUCGAGGUUCUACUGGAGGCCGGUUGUGACCCCAACCGCAAAGACAACUACGGAAAGACGGCGCUAUGCGAAGCGGUGCAAAGCGACCAACCGGUCAUCGUCACAGCCCUACUGGAUUACGACGCCAAUCCAAAUCUGCCGGGCCCUGAGCAUGCCCUCUGGUCCGCCGUCUACCGCCCAAGCUGCCUGCGUAUCUUGCUCGCGCGCGGCGCUGAUACCCGAAAGGCCCCUGGCCUCAUGGAGAAAGCGACAAGUGUUAACAGUAUCGACGCUGUGCGCGUUCUUCUGCAAGCUGGUAUCGACCCAAACUGCAAAAAGGACGGAAUAUACACGCCACUGUGCUCAGCCAUCCGCGAUGACCGUCCAGAUAUUAUCGCUUUGCUGCUAAGUCACGGCGCCGACGCCAAUUUGAUGGCGUCCGAGUACCCAGCCUGGAAGUGUAUCACACACAAACGCCUGCAUUUCCUCCCGGACUUGGUGGCAGCUGGCGCUGACCUCCACCAACCACCAGGCAUCGUCGAGUGCGCUGUGCAGCUCAAUAACACGGAGGCUCUGCACUGGCUCGUGGAGCAAGGAAAGGCCAAUCCAAACGAUCGCAACGCCCAGGGCCACACGGCUCUGACCACAGCUAUCCGCGAGAAGCGUCCGGAGAUCCUGGAAUGGUUGCUAGCGCGUGGCGCCGAUCCUAACCUCCGCGGCCAAGACUGGCCCGUGUAUAUGGCGACUCAGUCACCGACCUUGAUGCAGCUCUUGCUUCCCUCCAUUACCAAUCUAGCCGCGCACAAGGGCGUCAUGGAGAAGGCAGUACAAGCAAAUCAACUAGAGAACAUCAAACUACUACUAGCGGCCGGCGCCAAUGUAGAAUGGAAGAAUGGCGGCGUGUUCUCACCCCUCACGACAGCGCUGCGCGAGCGUCACUCGGACAUUGUGCAUUUCCUCUUGGAUGAGGCUGGUGCCGAUCCCAACGCUCCCGGUGAGCAUUUGCCACUGGUCAAGGCGAUACGCCGAUGCGACGACGGUGAUUUUUCCAUGAUCAAGUUACUGCUCGAAAAAGGAGCUGACCCAAAUAUAUGCUACCGUGAUUGGAACGCCAUCAUGCAGGCUAUUGAGGACCGCGAUCUUCGGCUGCUGCAACUCUUGAUUGAGAAGGGUGGUCGUGUUGACCUUUCUCAGAAGGAUGAGACGGGUCAGACCGUUCUGGAUAUGGCUGAUUCUUCUGGCUGGCUGGAAGGAACUCAGCUUCUGCUAGGGAAUUCGAGACAAUGA